AUGGCAGCACAGCUUCCCCGACUGGUGGUGGCUCUGGCCGCUUACCUGUUUCCUGUCCACGGCUGUAUUAUCUGUGAGCCCUCUGUAGUGGCCGGGCUGAAGAACUUGGAACAUGAAUACUUGCCUGGACACCUGCCAUACGAGGCUCGCGAAAGCCUGAUGAAAAGGGUAGAGAACGCAGUGCGGGAUUUCAAGGAACUGCCACUUGAUGGUGAAACCUAUAUAGGUGCCAUUGAUGAGCUCACACUGCAGAAGUCAGCCUGGAGUUUUUUGAUGGAUUUGAAACGCAUCAUGGACACUAGGGUAAAAGGAGAACUCUUUGUGAAGGAACUUUUCUGGAUGGUGCACCUGCAAAAGGAGAGCUUUGCCCGAGACUCUGCUCAGUUCAUAAGAGAGUUUUAUUGCCCCAAUAAAUGUGGUUUGAUGUUGCAAACUCUGAUCUGGUGCAAUGCCUGCGAGAAACAGGUUCACGCUUGUCGGAAGUCCAAAGAUUGUGGGGAGCGCCACAUCGAGGUUCAUCAAAUGGAAGAUAUGAUCCUAGACUGUGAACUCAACUGGCAUCGUUCCUCUCAAGGCCUCACUGAUUAUAAAUUUUACAGGGUUUGGGAGAACAAAACAGAGACGUUGGUGUCCAAGGGAAAACAGCCCACUCUAGCCAAGUCCAUGGUGAGCCCAGAGGAUGAAGGCAAAUACCGCUGCGAGCUAGGCACUGUGAACGAUAGUCCAGCCACUAUCAUCUAUUUUCGCGUCAAAGUUUUGCCCAAAAGAAUCCAGGAGGAAACAUUGCGGACCACCACAAAUCCAAAUAACGACAGCAUAACCACAAAACUCCAUCAGUCGUCAAAUCCCGACAAGCGGCUGAAACGCCAUCUCAUAUGGCUACUGAUCUCGGGCAUUGUCGUGGUGAUAGCAGGCGUUGGGACUGUUGCUGGGAGGUGGGGCAGAGGCAAGGGCCGAAGCCCAGUUGUGGGAUCCUCAACCACCCAGGCCAUCGGAGCCAGGGCUCCCGAGUGCUGCCGGGACCCGAAAGAGGGACCCUGGGGUCCCCUAGUCUUUCCCAUCACCAGGACGCUAAGCCCCAGCCCCCCUUCCCACUGA